GCCCGGCGCCCCGGGAGCGGCGAGCGCCGCGGCGAGGCAAGCCCUGGACGCGAGCGCGGCGCGCGCGCCGGGCGCCCGCAGAUGCCCGGGGGACCGAUUCUGCUUGCGAAACAAAACCCGUCUCGGGGUUUUCCCUGAAAAGCCCUUUCCAGCCCCCGAAGGCUCCCUAGCUGGGAGAGACCCGCCCUAAUCCUUUUGCAGCCCCAGCCAGGGGCGAGCAAUGGCUUCAGCGAAAAGCGAUUCGCCCUGCUCUUGAAGAUCGGUCUGUGCUUGAGCUGACCGGGCGCCGCGUCCGAGGCCAGCGCGGGCCCCCCACGGGAAGGAAGCACCCCCCACACCGCGAGCAGCGCCGCCGACCGGGAGGCGAGCCUAUGCCGAGCUGCACGGCGUCCGGCAGCAUGCCCGGCACGAUCCGCAAGAACGCAGAUCUCGAGUUCGACUCGCUGCAGCCCUGCUUCUACCCGGACGAGGACGACUUCUACUUCGGCGGCCCCGACUCGACCCCCCCGGGCGAGGACAUCUGGAAGAAGUUUGAGCUGCUGCCCACGCCCCCGCUGUCGCCCAGCCGUGCCUUCCCAGACCACAGCCCGGAGCCCUUGAACUGGGCCACCGAGCUGCUGCUGCCCGAGGCCGACCUGUGGGGCAACCCGGCCGAGGAGGACGCGUUCGGCCUGGGGGGCCUGGGCGGCCUCACCCCCAACCCGGUCAUCCUCCAGGACUGCAUGUGGAGCGGCUUCUCGGCCCGAGAGAAGCUGGAGCGCGCCGUGAGCGAGAAGCUGCAGCACGGCCGCGGGCCGCCAGCCGCCCCGGCCCCGGGAGCGGGCGCCGCCAACCCCGGGGGCCGCGGGCACGGUGGGGCCGCGGGCACGGUCCGCGCCGCGGCCGCCUUGCCCGCCGAGCUCGCCCACCCGGCCGCCGAGUGCGUGGAUCCCGCCGUGGUCUUCCCCUUCCCGGUGAACAAGCGCGAGCCGGCACCCGUGCCUGCAGCCCCGGCGCUCGGUGGCCCAGCGGCGGGCGCUCCCUGCGCCUCGGGGGCGAGUGCGGCCGUCCCGGCCGGUGCCCCAGCUCCCGCCGCUCCGCGUGCAGGCGGCCGCCCGGCCAGCGGCGGGGACCACAAGGCCCUCAGCACCUCCGGAGAGGACACCCUGAGCGACUCAGAUGACGAAGAGGAGGAGGAGGAGGACGAGGAGGAGGAGAUCGACGUGGUCACAGUGGAGAAGCGGCGCUCGGCUUCCAGCAGCAAGGCGGUGACCACGUACACCAUCACCGUGCGCCCCAAGAGCGCGGCGCUGGGCCUGGGCCGGGUGCAGACGAGCGAGCUCAUCCUCAAGCGCUGCGUGCCCAUCCACCAGCAGCACAACUACGCCGCGCCCUCGCCCUACGCCGCGCCCUCGCCCUACGCGGAGAGCGAGGACGCGCCGCCGCAGAAGAAGGCCAAGAGCGAGGUGUCCCCGCGGCCGCUCAAGACCACCGUGCCCGCCAAGGCCAAGAGCCUGAGCCCGCGCCACUCGGACUCCGAGGACAGCGAGCGCCGCCGCAACCACAACAUCUUGGAGCGCCAGCGCCGCAAUGACCUGCGCUCCAGCUUCCUGGCGCUGCGCGGCCACGUGCCCGAGCUGGUGAAGAACGAGAAGGCCGCCAAGGUGGUCAUUCUGAAGAAGGCCACCGAGUACGUCCACUCCCUGCAGGCCGAGGAGCACCAGCUGCUGCUGGAGAAGGAGAAGCUGCAGGCGAGGCAGGAACAGCUGCUCAAGAGAAUCGAACACGCUCGGACUUGCUAAGGUUGCUCCCGACUGGACAGUCACUGCCACUUUGCACAUUUUGAUUGUUUUGUUGUUGUUGUUGUUUUUUAAACAAACAUUGUGUUGACAUUAAGAAUGUUGGUUUACUUUCAAAUCGCUCCCCUCUGCAGACCUGGAUCUGGGGUGGGAAGCGGGACCCCACCCCACCCCACCCCCCCACGCGUGGGGCGCCCACCGCAGGGACCUGGGCUUGAUGGAUGGACGGACGGAUGGAUGCCGGUGGCCCCUGCGGGUGACAGCGGCCCAUGCUGCCCCGACGACAGCCCGGAGCCUCGUCUUGAACGCCGGAAAGUCAUUCCUUCUCUUACAAAAUGGUGCUUUUCCAGCGGAUGCCACCAAGGGGGGUGCCGGAUCUCCUCCCCCCACCCCGUCCCCCACCCCGGGGAAUUUCUGUAAAUACCGUUGACACCCCGCCUUUUGUACACGUCCUGGGUAAUGCGCGGUGGCUUUCGCGGCCAGUGGUAGGCUGGCCCGUUCACACCUGAGUACUGUAAUAAUACCUCAAUGUUUGAGGAGCAUGUUUUGUAUACAAAUCUAUUGUUAAUCUCUGUUAUGUACUGUACUAAUUCUUACACUGCCUGUAUGCUUUAGUAUGAUGCUGAAACAUAACUAAAUUUGAUACUUAUAUUUUCGUAUGAAAAUGAGUUGUGAAAGUUUUGAGUAGAUAUUACUUUAUCACUUUUUGAACUAAGAAACUUUUGUAAAGAAAUUUACUAUAUAUAUAUAUGCCUUUUUCCUAGCCUGUUUCUUCCUGUUAAUGUAUUUGUUCAUGUUUGGUGCAUAGAACUGGGUAACUGCAAAGUUCUGUGUUUUAAUUUCUUCAAAAUGUAUAUAUUUAGUGCUGCAUCUUAUAGCACUUUGAAAUACCUCAUGUUUAUGAAAAUAAAUAGCAAUUAAAUGA